AUGAAUUAUGUAAGAAAUGGUAACAAUAAAUUAGAACAUAAUGACGCUUUAAUUCGAGCUGCUGUUGCGGAUCAAGUUAAGACAUUAUGCGCAGCCGAAGUCCAAAAAAAAAUUCUAUCACAAAACAAAGAAGUGACGAGAUAUCGAAAUAAUCCCGCAGUGGAAAAUAUUGUGGUCAAUAUGGUACGGCAAGAAGUCCGGAAAGCCGUUGAAGAGAUGCUAUACACAUAUUCACAAGACAAAUUAAAUAAAGCAGAUUUUGCCCUAUCUUCAGGUGGCGCUAAGAUUAUAAGUCCACUAACUUCCCCAACCUAUGAACAAUGGCCGACGCAGUGGUAUAAAAUAAUGAUGGCAUCCGUGACCGGUUACGGUAUUACACGAGGUAAACCUCCUAUUACUGCAAUUCAACCCGAUACCCAUGUCGGACAAUGCUGGCCUUUUUCUGGGCAACAGGGACAAUUAGCAGUGCUGCUGAGUCGCCAGGUUUACGUGACGGCAGUAACCUAUGAUCAUGUUAGCAAAACUGUUGCCAUGGGCACAACGAGUGCUCCAAAAGAAUUCGAAAUUUGGGGAUUCACUGAUGAUGAUGAACUAGAUAUAGAAUUUGCAAAGUCGGGAAACACAGAAAACAAUCAACCGGAAUAUGAUGAUGCUGUAACCGACAAAAAACCAAGUCACACCACCAAUGACCCGGACACAAACAUUCUAGACUCUAAUCAUAUACAAUUGGCAGGUUUGGACAUAAAGUUGGGUUCAUCUUCAAGCCACUUAUUUUUGGGCCAAUUCGUAUACGAUAUAGAGGGCUCACCUAUUCAAACCUUCGAAGUCAAAACUCCAGCUAAGCCUAUUCGUGCUAUCAUUAUGAAGGUGAAUAGUAAUUGGGAUAAUCCAGAAUACACAUGCUUAUAUCGAUUCCGUGUCCAUGGUGUUCAUCUUGCACCAAAUUUUGAUAAAAAAUAA